AUGGAGAAGCCCGUGUUCUGUAAGACGGUCGAACCGCUGCUCUCCAUCUGCUGCGCCCAGUUCUCCGGCAUCCUCAUAGCAGCCGACAGCGAGUGCGUCGUGUCCCAAGUCAACGCACCCAACAUCGACAUGCAGUUCCUGAACUGCUCCCGGGGCCAGGACGCAAUGUGCUCCGUCCUGUUCGCCUUUGAGAAACUCUCCCCGUCACAGAAGGACUUGACUGCAUUGCCUGAGGUUACCGCCGCUGAGAGCUCGAUCAAGGUCAUUCGCGCACCCGCUACAGCUACGAAUGCCCCAGCCGUGACUAUGUCCCACCCAGCGCCGCCACCAGUGCGCGGCGCUGUGACUGUCUCGUCCUCUGGACGGCCUUCCUCGGCCAGGGUUAAGCGGCGCGUCGGGCUCCUGACGUUGCUGGGUGCUGUGAGCUUGACUCUUCUUGCCAACUCGACCACACCGUGA